AUGAAGCCAUCCGGACAGAUCGUUAUCGUCGGCGCUGGGGUUUUCGGCUUGACGACAGCUCUGCAACUGGCGAGGAAAGGACACGAACACAUAGUUGUUCUGGACCGCCAUACUCCACCUGCAAGUGCUAUACCUGUACCCGAUGGAUCAAGUUGCGACAUCUCUCGCGUCGUCCGCUUCGAUUAUGCGGACAAUGACUAUGUGAGGAUUGCACACGAAGCGUAUCUGAAAUGGUCGCGGGAGCCUCGAUAUAAAGGCAUCUUCUAUCCAGCAACCUACAUCCUGGCUAUGGACAAGACCAAGUCAGGAGGAGCUUGGCUGAACGAUGUCAAGACCGCCUUGGCUCGAGAGCAGUUGCCGAUCGAGGCUCUUGAAACUGCAGCGAAGGCCAAAAAGCUCAAUCCAACCUUGAGUGGCGACCUAGCCGACAAUUUCACGGGCUAUCAGAAUCGUCAGGCAGGGUGGGUUGACGCAAGCAAGGCGGUGACUCAGCUACGUGAUGACUGCAUUGAAGCCGGGGUCUCUUUCAUCUGCGGCGCAGCUGGGACUGUGAGAGGAUUUAACACUGAUCCGCAGGGACGUGUUCGCAGCAUUCGUUCCUUGGCCAACACCACAGUCAGUGGCGAUUUCUUCAUCCUCGCUGCUGGAGCGUGGACUGCAUCUUUGGUGCCAAUGUACAACUCGACGCUUUCAACGGCACAAGUUUUAGGCUAUGUGCACCUCAGCGAUGAGGAGAUACACGCGCUCAAGGAUUUGCCCAUAUAUACUAGCUUCUCGACAGGAUGGUUCAACUUCCCUCCACAUGAAGAUACAAGGACACUCAAAAUGGCUGUCCACGGCUGGGGAUACACCAGAAAGCCGAGUGCCGAAGAGAUCAGUGGUGACCACGUCAAUCACUCUGCGCCAGUCACUCGUCCGCAGAGAAGCAGACCUAAUUUCGUCCCCAAGGAUGGUGAAGAGCGACUACGACAAGGGUUAAAGGAGAUUCUGCCUGAAUUUGCAGACCGACCAUUCGAAAAAUUGGCCAUGUGCUGGUACACAGAUACGCCAACAGGGGAUUUCAUUAUGGAUCUGCAUCCGGAUUAUUCCAACGUCUUCGUUGCAACUGGAGGCAGCGGACACGCAUUCAAGUUCUUACCUGUUCUUGGACAGUAUAUAGUGAAGGCUAUGAAGAAACAACUGCCACCUGAGCUGGCGCAGAAGUGGCGGUUUCGUACUGAGUACAAGCAGGAAAGUGGCUUCAAAGGAGAUGGAAGUCGAGCAGGUCCGGCACGGCGAGAGCUUCGAUCUGAGGAGCGAGCGAGGCUUUGA